GAACUGUACUCCGGCACAGCAGCAGACUUCAUGGGCAGGGACUUUGCCAUUUUCCGAACUCUGGGGCAUCAUCAUCCAAUCAGAACAGAGCAGCAUGACUCCCGGUGGCUAAAUGAUCCUAGAUUUGUUAGUGCUCACCUGAUACCGGAGAGCGACAAUCCAGAAGAUGACAAAAUCUAUUUCUUCUUCCGUGAAAAUGCGAUCGAUGGCGAGCACACUGGAAAAGCCACUCAUGCCAGAAUAGGGCAGAUCUGCAAGAAUGACUUCGGUGGGCACAGGAGCCUUGUAAACAAAUGGACAACUUUCCUUAAAGCACGUCUGAUCUGUUCCGUGCCAGGACCCAACGGCAUUGACACACACUUUGAUGAACUACAGGAUGUGUUCCUAAUGAACUCAAAAGACCCAAAAAAUCCAGUAGUCUAUGGAGUGUUUACAACUUCCAGUAAUAUCUUCAAGGGGUCAGCAGUGUGUAUGUACAGCAUGACUGAUGUGAGGAGGGUAUUUCUUGGUCCCUAUGCCCACCGAGAUGGCCCAAACUACCAGUGGGUUCCCUACCAAGGACGGGUGCCAUAUCCACGGCCAGGAACUUGUCCCAGUAAAACAUUUGGAGGCUUUGAUUCCACCAAGGACCUUCCUGAUGAAGUUAUAACAUUUGCAAGAAGUCAUCCAGCCAUGUACAACCCGGUAUUCCCCAUCAACAACCGUCCAAUCAUGAUCAAAACAGACGUGGAUUACCAGUUCACACAGAUAGUGGUAGAUCGAGUAGACGCAGAAGAUGGCCAAUACGAUGUGAUGUUCAUUGGCACAGAUAUUGGAACAGUUCUUAAAGUGGUUUCAAUUCCUAAGGAGACUUGGCAUGAAUUAGAGGAAGUCUUGCUGGAAGAAAUGACAGUCUUUCGGGAACCCACUGUUAUUUCAGCAAUGAAGAUUUCCACAAAACAGCAACAGCUCUACAUUGGUUCAGCCACUGGAGUUUCACAGCUUCCUUUACACCGCUGUGAUGUGUAUGGAAAAGCAUGUGCUGAGUGUUGCCUUGCGAGAGACCCUUACUGUGCCUGGGAUGGUUCAUCUUGCUCACGUUACUUCCCCACUGCUAAGAGACGUACUAGACGACAAGAUAUCCGAAAUGGAGACCCACUUACCCACUGCUCAGACCUGCAGCAUCACGAUAACCCAAGUGGUCAGACCCUGGAGGAAAAGAUUAUCUAUGGAGUAGAGAAUAGCAGCACUUUUCUUGAAUGCAGUCCAAAAUCUCAGCGUGCCGUAGUCUACUGGCAAUUCCAGAAGCAAAAUGAUGACCGCAAGGAAGAGAUAAAAGUGGAUGAUCGAAUGAUCCGGACAGAACAGGGCCUAUUGCUACGAAGUCUUCAGCGGAGAGACUCUGGUAUUUAUCUCUGUCAUGCUGUGGAGCAUGGUUUCAUGCAAACUUUGCUCAAAGUAACCCUGGAAGUAAUUGAUACUGACCACCUGGAAGAGCUGCUCCAUAAAGAAGAAGAUGGUGAUACCUCCAAGAUCAAGGACGCUACCAAUAGCAUGACCCCCAGUCAAAAGAUCUGGUAUAGAGACUUCAUGCAGUUAAUUAAUCACCCCAAUCUUAACACAAUGGAUGAGUUCUGUGAGCAGGUUUGGAAAAGAGACCGCAAACAACGCCGGCAAAGGCCUGCCAAUGCGCAGGUGAAUACAAAUAAGUGGAAGCACCUACAAGAAAAUAAAAAAGGUAGGAACAGGAGGACCCAUGAAUUUGAGAGGGCACCACGGAGUGUCUGA